CCUCCUCAUUGCCAACACUGUGCUCUCACCCGCAAACAGACAACUUCCCACUAGACGCAGGCCGUACCAGAUUGGCUUUCCCAGAAAAAAAACUCCCACACCCUCCUCUGAAUAGCUCCGGAUCAGGUGGACAUUAGUGGAACUUUGCUUUUCGGCUUCAGAGAGGUGCGUUCAGACAGAGCUUGCACCAUGAGUUAAUCAAACUCGGACUGUUUCCUCCUCUUCUUCUGAUAAAGUCGUCCGACCCACUUUAACCAAAGAACAUGUGCUUAUGUGGGAAUAUGUGGAGAUGGCCAAACGGUGCUUCUGAAGGGACGAUGUUGCUGCUGCUGCUGGGCCUCAGCUUGGUCCAGGCCGGUUCUGCCCAGCUCACAUGUCAAGCAGGGGAAUCCGCUCAGAACAUCACCCAGCCUCAAUACAACAACAUGGUCCAAAAGAACUCCAAUGCGGACUUUCUGAUGCCUUUUGUUCGUUCCUUUCUUGGCACAGUUCAGCUUCAUCCUUUUCCUACAGAUUUAAUCCUGCGAGUAGUCAACAAUCCUGGGGAGGUGUUCUCAAAUCAAGAGCUGACAAAAGCUAUCCUGGUGUACGAAGUGGGUUUCCUUGUUUGUAUCGCCAUUGGGAUUCUCUACAUUGUCCUGAUGCCUAUAAUAGCUUUCUUCGUGGCUUGCUGUCGAUGCUGUGGCAACUGUGGUGGGAAGAUGCAGCAGAAGCAGACAUCCUCCACCCACUGUCUCAGAAGAACUCUCUACUUCAGCUUAUUUUCAACCACAAUCAUUAUCUUAGCCGGCAAUGUGUGCAUGUUCAGAAGCAAUGAAGCUUUUAAACUGAGUGUGGAGCAGAGUCCUCUGGAGCUCAAAAACACCAUAGGGGACAUGAGCAGCUUCCUCACAGCUGUGCCACAGCAAGUGGAAGAUGUGACAAAUGAGGGCAAGAGAACUGUGCAGGCGGUUAGCAGAAACUUAAACGAUAUUGGACAACAGGUGGGAGAGAAAAUUCAACAGCGCUUUAGUGGAACAUUUAAUCCAGCUCUGCAGGCGGUCAAACUUCUACACCAAGAAAGUUUGAACACCAGCGACCUCCUGGAAAAGCUGAACUCGUCUCUGACCCAACUUCAGUCCAGCCUAGACAUUAUUCAGGCCAACGUCACUGCCUUCAAAGGCCGGAUCCAGAAGACGCUGUCCAAGCCAGGUUGUCUUAAUUGUGGCAGCCUAGCAGGAGAAGUGCAGGAACUAACUGUGGAUGCGACCAUAUCUGCCCCCAGCCUGCGUGAGUAUCAGUCUGCAGUGGAUGAUCUCAUUAAAGGUGACCUCCAGUCUAAUAUAAUUGAGGCGGAGAAGUUUUACAGCACCAUUCCUCAGAGGGUGACCAAUGAGACAGAGGAUUUGGUUACACAAAGCAAGCAGCAGUUGCAGGAAAUAGAAAACCAGAUUUCACAGGUUUCCAAUGAACUGGACCUAUCAGCUUUAAGAGAUGUGACAGGGACUCUGGACCAGGUGCAGGACCAGAUUGAAACAGUUUCUCCUGAAGUUCAAAGAUUUGAAAAUAUCAGAUGGGCAGUGGGUGUGGCCCUGUGCUGCGUGGUCCUCCUGGUGGUGGUCUGUAACAUCCUGGGUCUGGUUCUGGGCCCUUUGGGUCUGUCCCCAAAGGCAGACCCAGCCAACCGCUCCUGCACCUCAGACUGCGGAGGCAUCUUUUUCAUGAUGGGCGCAGGGUUCAGCUUCCUCUUCUCUUGGAUCUUCAUGAUACUGGUGGUGCUGCUCUUCAUACUGGGGGGAAAUAUGUACACAUUAAUUUGUCGACCGUGGCAUAAUGGCCAGCUGCUAAAGUUUCUUGACACUCCGGGUUUAAUCCCACAACUGGAAUUAGGCCCUGCUUUGGGACUCAAGACCGACAUCAACCUCUCUGAUAUCUACAGGAACUGUAAAGAAAACCAACCUUUGUGGACGACACUCCACUUGCAUGAACUUGUGGACCUUGCAGAUGUGCUCAAUGUGUCUAAGUACACAGCACAGAUCGAAGAGGAGUUUGAAAAGACCGAUAUCACUCUGUCUUCAGUCAGUCUCCUGAGUCCCGAAAUAAUAAAAGGGCUUCAAAACGUUGCUGCUGAGGCGACUGAUUUCAACAGCACUGCCGUUACACAGCAGCUGAAUGACAUUUCAAGCAUCAAUUUGAAUUCAACAGCAGUUAAAAUUGAUCAACUGGCUGACACUCAACCACCAGGAAUACAAGGUGAGCUUAAGGUGGAAGCCUCCAAACUGAGGCAAAUUCAAGCAGACAUAGAAACAACCAUCUUUCCACAAGUGAACAACCUGAAUUCAUCCAUGAAGAGCCUUCAGUCCACCACAGGAAAAAUCAAUGGGACAGUGGAGGAGGUGCUGAGCAAAGUUGGAGCAGCACAAGACUUCCUCAACACAAAUACAACCCAGAUUGUAAAGACCGAAAGCAGGAGUUUUUUAAACUGUCAGGUGGAUUACUUCAGUGCUUACGCUGACUGGACCACGAUUAUGAUCACACAGCAGGUCGGCCGCUGCAAGCCUGUCGCCAGAGCUAUAGACUCGGCUGAUGUUGUCCUUUGUGUUAACAUGGUGGAGUCUCUGAAUGCGUUCUGGUUCAGCCUGGGUUGGUGUAUGAUGUUCUUCAUUCCCAGCAUCAUCUUGUCCAUGAAGUUAGCUAAAUACUACAGGAGGAUGAAAUACACGGAUGUCUUUGAAAAUCCCAUCAUUAUGAACCACAUCCCACGGGCUCAGCUAAAACCCACCUGAGACGGGAUGACGUUUGAUUGAAGCCUCUUAACAGAUCUUCAGGCACAAAUGUUCGAG